UACAACAGGUGAAGCUUUCUGUUUUUGCUGAACAUGGCGUCAACACUUUCUCUCCACCUCAUGUGUCCAGUGUGUUUGAGUGACUUCAACGAUCCGGUGACUUUACCUUGUGAGCACGUCUUCUGCCGACAGUGUAUUACAAGAUGUUUGGAAUCACAUGAAGGUGCUCACAAAUGCCCGGAAUGCAGACAAAACUUCACCAGACAGGAUCUUAAAGGUAUCCGAGUGCUGAGAAACGUUGUGGACGUCUUACAACAACAAAAACACAAGACAAGACAACAGACUCCGAAGAAUGCUCAAGAAAUGCAAUGCUCUGAGCAUAUGGAGCCGCUUAAACUCUUCUGUGAGAAUGACCAGAGAUUGGUUUGCCUCAUCUGCAAGGAAGGAAAGAAACACUGUGGACACAGUUUCAAGCCUGUAAAGGAAGCUAUGGAGAUCAGUGAGAAGGUGGCGAGGGAAGCACUGAGAUUUAUUUUACAAGACAACAAACAAACGGGGGACAUGAUCAUGAGCCAGAUGCUUGAAAUCACAAAGUCUAAGGAAAGGGCCAAACGACUUGAGGAAAAGAUACAUGUUCAGUUUAACAAGAUGCACGAGUUCUUGAAGAAAAAAGAGGAAGAAGUGGUAAAGCAACUCCAGAGAGAAGCAAGCAGUGCUGAAGUAUCAAUGAGGCAAAAUUCAUCAUUUUUAUCAAAGUUGCAAACAAAGGGAAACAAACAGGAGUCCAUAUUGGAGUCAGGACUACAGAUAAGCCAACCUGAGAGUUUUUUAGAGUGGUGGAGUGAAAAGGGUUUCCCUUUGGUUCAUACAAUCACACUCAGUGAGAACAAAGACAUCAAGUCUGCUCUGCCAACCAAAUUUAAAUCAAGACUUGAUGGUACUCGAGUGAUUUCUGACCACUUCACCCUUGGCCCUUAUGAAACUGACCUGCCUCUAAUUGUAUGGAGAGACAUGCUAGGCUCUGUUAAACGAGACCUAUCAGAUAACUCUGCAAUAGACAAAGACCUGAAACUGACUAUCAAAAAAGAGAGCCAUCUGCAGUCUCAAGGGGAAGAUUACUUCGCCAAAUUCCAGAAGUUUCACAAUGGUUAUAAGGACAAUUAUGUGGAGAACAUACAACCUGGUCAGGUGUACUGGGAGGUUGAUGUAGGAGCUGAAGUAGGAUGGGAACAUGGACUCACAGUUAGAUUUUACCCAAAGGACAAAAACGUUUCGGUCUGGCAGACACUGUUUUCUAAAAGUUUUGAGAACAUAUCUCUUUCUGUAAAGAAUGACAGACUGUACGUCAUAAAGGGAGGUGAAGAAACCCCGAUCGUCACCAAGAUUAUACCCAGCAGAGUCGGGGUUUAUGUAGACAGUGAGAAACUUCAGGUUGUAUUUUGCAAUGCAAACAAUAUGUCUCUCCUUCACACAGUGCGGUGUGGAGAUAAAUAGAUUUAUAGGAAUCAGAAAUUUCAUUCACUAAACCUGCUUUAAAUUUGGAGUGACAUUUAUAAACCAUUUAGUCUGAGAAACAGUCUGGUCAUCCUAUUAAUUUUAAUAAAAAUUAUAAUUAUUGUAUAAAUUGUGAUUAUUGUUAUAAAACAAUUUUGUUCUUGAUUUAAAUCUUCCAUUCGAUUACAUUCAUGGGUACUAGAUUAAAACUCUGAUUCUGGGCACUAGAUAAAGCUUUGUUAAUAGGUUUUGAGUAACAUCAGAAAAAAUUUAUGUUUGUUAACAGGAUGUCAGCAAACUGUAACAAAAUAAACAAUUUGUCCAACAUGAUGUCAUAUGGUUUGUCAUGUUUAAACUGGAUGUUUGUGUUUAUUUUGUUAAAUUUGUGCUGACAUCCUGUUAACAAACAUAAAUUUUGUCUGAUGUUACUCGAGUAUUUUUAUUUUUUUUAUAAUAAAUGUUUGUAAGGUGAUUUGGGUUCAUGUACUGUGAUAGAGUUAUUGCUCCUGCAAAGGUUUGUGUAUUAACUGGCAUAUAAAAAAAUGAUUACUAUGAUGAUGACAUUAUAGUAAUAUUUAAGUGAAAAAAUAAAGGUUCAUCCUGUGAAGGCCCAGGAUACUACAUCUGAUCACAUUUUAAGUGCAUAUAAUUGUUGUAUAAAUUGUGAUUAUUGUUAUAAAUCCAUUUUGUUAUUGUUCUCACUAAUAGAUAUUCCUCACUCUGCCUCUUAUUUUAAGUACUAUAAAAAAAAACUCUGAUUGUACCAGACAAAACUUUGUUAACAGGUUUUGGCUACAAGACAAAAAACAUAUUAGCUGACAUGUACAUACUGUAGUUGUAUUUUGCCCCAGUUGUAAUACUUUUUGGAUUCUUUAAUAAAAGCUGCAAUUGGAUCUUGUUUAAGAGCACUUUGUGGCAGUAUACUAUAAAGACAACAUUUAAAGUGCAUAGCAAAUCUCUACUGUUCCUGUUC